GGGGUUUUUGUUAAGAGCCUCACGCUUGCUGUAAACGUUACCACACAUCGCUUGCGGUACGGUUUUGGAAACAUAAGGAACAUAUCUUUCAUAACAGCGAUAAAUCAUUUACGGUUUAAUUACUAUAUGUUUUUAUAGAGUUAGGGUUCCCACACAGCCAUAAUUCCAUGUUACAGUGCUUGUUUAUGGAAGACGGGCGUACUGGUACUCGGAACACUUGUGUGUAAACGGAAGACAGACGCCACAAACGUGUUGUCACUGAAAAAUACUGUCGGCUGCAACUGUGUUAACGUAUUAAAACAGUGUACAGAUCAGUUCUGGUAACAUCAUGGCAGAUGGCAGGAUCUACGUGGGGAACCUUCCGGCUGAUGUGCAAGAGAGGGACAUUGAGGAUAUAUUCUUCAAAUAUGGCAAAAUCAGAGACAUUGAGUUGAAGAACAACAGAGGCACUAUUCCCUUUGCCUUUGUGCGCUUUGAAGAUCCACGGGAUGCCGAGGAUGCAGUCUAUGGGAGGAAUGGUUAUGGAUUUGGAGACUGCAAGCUUCGCGUUGAGCACCCUCGCUCUGCCUCCUCUAAAUUCAACGGUUCUAUGGGUGGUAGUGGUCGAGGGAAUGGGGAAGGAGGUCCCGGUGGUCCUAAAGGGAGGUUUGGGCCUCCUACUCGGAGAUCAGAGUUCAGAGUUAUUGUGACUGGCCUGCCUCCGACUGGGAGCUGGCAAGACUUGAAAGAUCACAUGAGGGAGGCUGGAGAUGUUUGUUUCACAGAUGUUCAGCGGGAUGGGGAAGGGGUGGUGGAGUUCCUGCGCAGAGAGGACAUGGAGUAUGCCGUGCGGCGCCUGGACAGGACAGAGUUCAGAUCACACCAGGGGGAGACUUCAUCUAUCCGGGUCCAUGGAGAGAUGGGGGCCAGCAGAGGACGCUCGCGGUCCCGUUCCAGAUCCAGAUCCAGGGGACGGUACUCACCCGCUUAUCAAGGUCGCGGCUCUCCACCCCCUCGUUAUCAGUCGCCCCCUGCUCGCAGAUUGUCUCGCCAUAGCCCCCCUCCACGUCGUCCCCCUGCAGCACACCGUAGCCCACCAAGCCGCAGCCCACCCAGCCGCAGCCCACCCCCCCGUCACUACCGAUAGUCUACCUACAGGAGGGAGCCAAGACUGGUGAUUACUUUCUUUUGUGUUGCUUUUUGUUUAAGUCUGUCAUGUGCAUUCCACUAUGAGGACUGUCUCCAGAGGACUUUUUAAAUAGUGUAGACAGAGCAGAUGGGCAGAUCUGCAUUUGCCUCACAUUCUCAUUGAUUCAUUCUCAGACCUAGGAUAUGGCUGGUUAGGGAUAUUUGUGAAGGAGACUGCAUGCUAGAGGGUACAACAUAAUACAGCUCUUUUAUGUAGUGUUUUUAUUUUAUUUUUUAUCUUGUUUCUUUAAGAGCCUGUCUAGACUGCCCUGCCUUGUGGAUGGUUGCCUCGCAAAAGUGUGUAUGCUGGUCUCCAUUUUGUUCCUCUUAUUUUACAUGAGAAUGAAAUUAUUUGUAUGUCUCCUGCCCCCAUUCUCGAAAUAAUCUUUGUAUCUCAUAACAGCUUUGUAAAAAAACAAGUGUUAUUUUUUUCAAAUAAAGUGAGGACUCUUAGUAGAA